AUGCCUGAAGAAUGGAACACAGCGGUGAUUUGUCCAAUUCAUAAAAAAGGAAGUAAACAAGACUGCAAUAACUAUCGUGGGAUAGCCCUCUUAAACGUGGCGUAUAAAUUUUUUUCAAAUUGCCUAUUAACAAGAAUAAAAACAAAAGCAGAACAAAUUAUUGGCAAUUACCAAGGUGGCUUCAGACCUGGAAGAUCGACCACAGACCAGAUAUUUAUUUUAAGACAAAUAUUUCAAAAAAUCUGGGAGUUCGAUAGAGAAAUACACGUUCUUUUCAUAGAUUUUAAGAAGGCGUAUGAUAGCAUCCAUAGAGAAAGCUUAAUAAACAUCUUGAGAGAAUUCCAUUUUCAGGACAAGCUUAUAAAACUGAUUGGGAUAAGCAUUUUGGAAACAUUUGUCAAAGUUAAGGUUGGAAAUACAAAAUCAGACCCAAUUUUAGUUAAAUCGGGAUUAAGACAGGGAGACGCUAUGUCACCAAUCUUAUUUAAUAUAGUAGUAGAGAAAGUUGUAAGAGAGAUGAAUAUCCACCGCAAGAAGGAGUUAAAUUCCAGGAAUCGUCCAUAG